AUGCGUCUCUGGCUGGCCAAGGUGAAGAAGGGGGUGAACGUGCUGAGCGCGCGGCCCAGCGAGCCCGGCCAGUGGGCGGUGCAGCAGGAGCUGGGGGCCGGCGGGAAGCACAGCACCAGCACGGUGGUCUGCCAGCGCCUGGGGCCCGGCGCCCGCAACAGCCCCCAGCAGGGAGCGGGGAUCAAUCUCUGGGUGCUGAGCUUCCCGUUUGUGGAGUUUUAUGGCAGCCGCAGUCGGAAACGAAGAGGCGAAAGCAUCCGUUACUGUGAUGACGGUUAUGAUUAUCGGGAGCCUGAGCGAUGCCGCCUGGCGCCUGGCGAGGCCGCAGCCGCAGACUCGGAGCUGCUCAACACCGCCAUCCUCACCGGGCGGACGGUCGCCCUGCCCCUCCGGGUGGUGUCCGUGGAGGAGAGCGGCGCCGUGGCCGACAUCUCCGAGUCCGUGGAGUGCACGUCGGCCGACGAGGACGUCCUCAAGGUGUCCGACCGCUGCGACUACGUCUUCGUCAACGGGAAGGAGAUGAAGGGCAAGGUGGACGCGGUGGUGAACUUCACCUACCAGCACCUGAGCGCCCCCCUGCACGUCACCGUGUGGGCGCCCCGGCUGCCGCUGCAGAUCGAGGUCUCGGACACAGAGCUGAGCCAGAUCAAGGGCUGGCGGGUGCCCAUCGCGGCCACCAGCCGGAGGGGCUCUCUGGGUUCUGUUCUAGGGUCUUUGCAGGAUGAUUGGAAGAGCAGCUGCAGGCCGAGGCGCUGCAGACAGAGGCACCUGGCUCACCCACAGGGAUGUGGGGUGACCUGA